CCCAAGUCAAUUAUGUGAACUUCACAGGGAAAAAAGCAGCUGAUGGUAACUUAUCCAACCUAAAUCCUGAUAGAAAUGGAUUGACAAUUGUAUGAAGAUUUUAAUCAGUAAACUAAGAGGAAAGAUGUUAGAAAGCACGAAAAAAAAGAAAUCAGCAAUAUUUAUAAAAAGAACGCUGUAUGGAAAAAAAGUAAUCAGCAAAAUGUAAAUGAAAGAUGCUACAUGAACUUGAAGUGAUAGAAAAAAACUGCAUGGAAAGGAUUAAUCAACAAAGUAGAAAGGAAAAAUGAUAACAUGAAAUAGCUGAAUACAGAAUCACAUCUAUGUGGGAUGAAAGUUUUUAAGAAAGAGAUGAUGUAGUGGAUAAUCAAAAAUUGAUAAUGAAUAUACUUUGAUAUACAUCACUUGAACUUGCUUAAGUUAUUUAUUUGGUAAACAUGCUUUACAUGAUCUAGAGAGAAAAGUUUACAGUAUGACAAGGUGAUUUUAAUUCAGUGUAUGCAGUUACAAUUGACACUCGGCACAGGUGACACUCGGCGCAGGUGACAUUCGGCGCAGAUGACACUCGGUGCAGGUGACACUCAGUGCAGUUAACACUCGGUGCAUGUGACACUCGGCACAGGUGACACUCAGUGCAGCGGCACUUGAAAGUCAUAAAGUAAUUAAAUUUCAACGGAAGCUCUGAUCCUUCAAGACAAGCAGUAACAAUGAUUUUGUGAUAUAGAAAUUCAGAGUGUGCAGAUAUAUAACUUGAUUUCAUAGCAUUGUUUUACUGCCUGUAUGAGGAAGUCUAUAAUCUACAAUUUAUACUCUACUCAACCAUGCCGUACAGUAUUACUGUGGUAACAGGAUCUGCACUGACAUGUUUUUUUAGAUCUUUGUUCUAUGUUGAGUAUUGAAUAUUUUUGAAAAUCAAUGUUUUGAAUUAUUCAGCAUACUGGAUAAACAGUGUCAUGCUACCAAUGGGAAAAUGAAAUAAAAAGAAAUUAUUCUAUAGUAUUGACAGAUGGUUGGGUUGAAAGUGCCACUUGUUAUUUGAAAUCCAUGAGCUUUUGUAAUUACAGACAGAGGUUAUUUAAGAAAAUGAAGAAUUUUGGACCGUUUUUCCUCAGAGUUGGGUCAGUGUUGCUAAUUUGUUUGUGUUUUGUUGUAUAUUUGAAUUGGGAGAUGGUUCCCAUGAAAAAUACACAAGUGAAUUUCACUGCAAUAAGGACAGAUGAUUACAUUCAGUUAGUGCCGAAAGUAAAUAUGAGCAACAGUGAUGUCAGCAUGAAGAUUACAAAAACAUAUAAUACUCAAGAUGGAGAGUAUGACUUACGUAUUAUUGUAAUAGUAUAUAAUAGAGCUCAUUCACUCAUGAGAUUAUUGAAGUCAUUAAACGAAGCAGAAUAUGGCUCGGAUUCAGUGAAGCUUGAAGUUUGGAUUGACAGGUCUCAAGAUCAGACUCUAGAUACAUUAACAUUUCAGAGUGCAAGUGGAUUUAUAUUUUACCACGGCCAGUAUAGUGUCAUACCUCAUCCACGUCAUGUUGGUCUUUAUGGACAGUGGCUCACGACGUGGAAGCCAAAGAUUAAUAGUUCUGAGAUAGCUGUUAUUUUAGAAGAUGAUUUGACAGUGUCCCCGCAUUUUUACAAAUAUUUAAAAAAUGUACAUCGUAAAUAUGAUGGAUAUCCAGAUGUGAACGGUUAUGCAUUGCAGGGUUCAUCGAUUAAACAUUCCAAUAAGGAUAAUUCACGGUUACAGGGACCGAAAGAUAGCUUGGUUUAUCUGUACCCGGUUCUUGGUACCUGGGGUUUUUCACCGAAUCGCAAGAACUGGAUGAAGUUUUUAGACUGGUUUCCCGUUGCCCAUAAUGAUAAAAAUUAUCAGCCGUAUGUGCCGGAUAAUGUUGUUACAGACUGGUACAAGGCUUUCCAAAAGGAGGGUAAAACCCAGGGUAUGUGGUCAAUAUGGCAUAUACACUAUGCUUGGAAGAAUAAUGAAUAUACACUUUACAGUAAUUUUGAAGAUCAUGCUGGACUUACAACAAAUUGGCAAGAAGACGGGCUUCAUUAUCAGAAUGUGAAAAAAGUUACGAACAAAUUGUUAACCGAAUGGAAACCAGAAUAUGAAAAUCUCCCUGAUAAACUUGUUCAUCUUGACAUUGCUGGAAAAGUUAUCUCUUCAUAACCUAGUUAUUAAAAUGGCAGCCUUGAUCAGUAAUAGCUGGAUCAUGAACUUGGGUAAGAAAAUCUCCACCUUGAUAAUCUGGACAUCACUGGAAAAGUAACCCUGUUGUGAACCUAGGUAUGGAAAUCCUCAUGACACUCAUCACCAUAAUCAAGUCCCAACUGAAUAGGAUUUGCUAAUGAUAUUCAAAUAAUUUUGUCUAUUCUAAAUACUUGAAUAUUUGUGAAAUAUUUGUUAUUAUCUUGAUAUCGUCUUGAUAGAAACUUUUACUCCCGUAAGCUGGUUAUUUAUGUACUAAUUCUAUAGGCAGACUUCCAUAGUUUAAGUUAUCAUUAUUUGGAAUAAUGGCAAUUUCAAGUUCAAAUAGUCAUUUUUGGAGUGCUUUGGAAACAUUUUUGUGGGGUUAAGAAUUGUCUGUAGUUAACUAUUGUUUCAUAGACCAAUUCUGGUACAGGAUUUUUCCAAGAUUACUCUGCAAUAGUUUAAAGUUCCCUGAUGCUUUUAAUUUUGUAGUAACCCUUAUUAUGCUGGACAUGAUUAAUUCUGCCUUUGCCACCAGUGUAGAUCUUGAUUAACUUGCACAUCCAUGCAGUCUGAUCAAGCUCUACACUAUUUGCCAUUCAGUCAGUAUCUUCUUUAUAAGCAUCCCUAUUUAACAGCCAGUGGUACUGUCCAAAUUGAAAGAUAGUUGAUACAUCAUUCCAUUUAACCCUUAUCUUGCUGGAGAUGAUUGAUUCUGCCUUUGCAACCAGUGUAGAUCUGCACUGUUCGCCAUUCAGUCAGUAUCUUCUGUAUAAGCAUCCCUUUUAACACUUAGUGGUACUGUCCAAAUUGAAAGAUGGACAAGUUCAUUAUAGAAAUUUAGCAGGGUAAGGAUAAAAGUUUCAAAUGUUGACAGUAAAGUAGUGGACCAGUAAUGGCAGUCUGUAGUUUCUGUGUGUUCACGUAUUCUUGUAUGAUGUAUCAGCAUUCUUAGAACAAUAAUGCAGCUCAUACGAGUACAUGACUUUCCGUUCCAACAGUAAAAUGCUGAAAUCGCAUAUAUUGAUACUUUAAUCUAAAUUGCCAGUUGUAAAACUGUUGUUUUGUUUUGUCACAUAUUGUUAUGGUAUCUGCCUAAAGUCAAGUGCAACAGUCAGUGUCAGUAGUUUAUUGUUUGAGUAUUUUUGUAAUGAAUAUUCUACAAAAUCUUCAGUUUUCAAAGUAAUUCUACAAUACAGUAAAAUCAUAAAUAUUUGUGGGGGACUUAGUUUCAUGUUUGAUUCAAUCCACAAAUUUAAAUCCCAGUGAAUCUGUAAAAUUCUCUUUCAUUUUAUAUUCAAAGGUCAAAAUCUACAAAUUUAUAUCCCAAAAUUAAAUGAUUUCACAUCACCCCUUUUUGAAUAAAACAAUGUCAGUAAAUAUAAUUUCAACAUAUUGUCAUGACAAUCAUAUGCUUGUAUUAUUGGUGAUGUAUUUUACCACCAGGUGCCAAAUUAAAUUUCACAAAAUAAUUUGAGCCCAUACUUGUCUGUGCAUUUCUCAUACUGUAAGUGUAUAAUUCGCGGAGACAUAAGCUUAAAAUGAUAAAUUUGCGCAGGGCAAAAUAUCCACUCAAGGGAGGCUACUACAAGAGUUUUAACUCGUAAAACACUGACGAAUCGGGACAAGGUCAUGGAUCAGUCAUCGGUACAUAACAGUACAUAGUCAGCCAAGCCGUGACACGCUAUAUGCCUCUGAUAGUUUAUAGACAUAACAAUAGUUAUUGUGUUUCAAUCAAUACCUACAAAUACAAACAAUGAAAGACUAAUUGAUUAAAGUCAGCAUCUGUCGAGCAUCAUCAAAACAUAUGCAAACAAAAAUACCUGGGCAGUAUAUAAAAGGAAUGAACUGAAAACCGAUUAAAUCAGCAACAGAAAUUAUAUCUGAAUAGUGAAGGUUUUCACAGUUGAUAGAAAGUGAUCUAAUGAAUGCCGUGUUUUACUUUUAGCUCUACUAUUCAGAGAAUAGGGGGGCUAUUCUACUCGCCCUGGCGUUGGCGUGACCUUUCUUGGUUAAAGUUCGCAUAAGCAUUGUUCAGCAUACAAACAAAUUAUGUGCAGGGGCUGGGCCCAUUAUACCCAAGGUCAAGGUCACAAAGUUGUUAUACUUGGAAUUAUUCAAGUUAAAUUUUUUCGAAAGCUUUGUUUAUAGACAUAUCUUUGGUACUUUAAAUGAUAAUGACUUGAAAUUAAAAAUGAUUCUUUAUAACCAUCAUCUGCAUGUGUGGUUACAAACCCCAUAACUAAUUGUAUUUUUGACAGAAUUAUGCCCCUUUUGUACUUAAAGUUUUUUUGUAAUCUUUGCUUUCUGGAUAUUACUUUAAUGCAAUAUAAGAUAAAGACUUGAAACUUAAAACGUAUCUUUAUCAUCAUCAUCUGCAUGUGUGGUAACGAUCCCCAUAACUCUGAUUUGUAUUUUUGACCAAAUUAUGCCCCUUUCAUACUUAAAUUUUUUGACAAACUUCGUUUUCUAGACAUAACUUUGGUACUAUAUAAGAUAAUGACUUGAAACUCAAAAUAUAUCUUUACCAUCAUUAUCUGCAUGUGUGGUAACAAUCCCAAUAACUCUAAUUUGUGUUCUUGACAGAAUUAUGCCCCUUGGUGUAUCUUCCUUUCAAAAUUAGAGGUCUUUUAUUGAGACAUAUAUUCAUUUUACUGUCAAAUCACCGAAUAGUGGAGCGUGCUGUCUUAUGGACAGCUCUUGUUAUUUGUGCAUGUUUGCAAGUGUUUUAGUAAAACAUAACACCAAACAACAAGGUUUUUCAAUAUUUUAAAAAAUUACAACAACUAACAAGUUGUAUAUAU